UACCCAAAGGAAGCUAGGAUUGAUAAACUCAAAAGUCUCUCAAGGAUUGAUUGUGUGGGUCUCUCUUUCUCUAGCCUGUCUUCUGCGUCUCUCCAUAGACCGAAAACAAAAAAAAAAUCGAUUCAAUGGCGAGCGAACUAGCGGAAAAAGCUAAAGAGGCUUUCUUAGAGGACGACUUCGAUGUCGCCGUUGACUUAUACUCCAGAGCCAUUGACUUGGAUCCCAAUUGCGCCGCCUUCUUCGCCGAUCGUGCUCAGGCCAACAUCAAAAUCCUUAACUUUACCGAAGCUGUUGCAGAUGCCAACAAAGCCAUUGAGUUGGAGCCUACGUUGUCUAAAGCUUACCUCAGAAAAGGCACUGCUUGUAUGAAGCUAGAGGAAUACAGUACUGCUAAAGCAGCCCUUCAAAAGGGCGCUUCCAUUGCACCAAUUGAAUCAAAGUUUAACAAGUUGAUAGAUGAAUGCAAUCUUCACAUUGCAGAAGAAGAGAAAGAUUUGGCUCAACAGAUGCCGCCCACCUUGCCUUCAAGCUCUACCACUCCACCACUAGCAACUGCAGCUGAUUCUCCUCCUGCAGCACCUGCCAAACCCAUUUUCAGACACGAGUUCUACCAGAAGCCGGAAGAAGUGGUGGUGACAGUUUUCGCUAAAGGGAUACCAAAGCAGAACGUGAAUGUCGAGUUUGGUGAUCAGAUUCUGAGUGUUGUGAUUGAUGUUGCUGGAGAGGAAGCUUAUCACUUCCAGCCAAGAUUGUUUGGGAAGAUAAUACCAGACAAGUGCAGAUAUGAAGUAUUGUCAACCAAAGUUGAGAUCCGUCUCGCAAAAGCAGAGAUAAUCACUUGGGCCUCCCUUGAAUAUGUCAAAGGGCAAGCUCUUCUGCCUAAACCCAAUGUCGCAUCAGCGGUUUCGCAGAGGCCGGUGUACCCAUCAUCUAAGCCGGCGAAAGACUGGGACAAGCUGGAGGCUGAAGUGAAGAAACAGGAGAAGGAUGAGAAGCUAGAUGGAGAUGCAGCUAUGAACAAGUUUUUCAGCGAUAUAUACCAGAGUGCUGAUGAGGAUAUGAGGCGAGCCAUGAACAAAUCAUUUGCUGAGUCAAAUGGGACAGUGCUGUCUACGAACUGGAAAGAGGUUGGGACUAAGAAAGUGGAGAGCACUCCACCAGAUGGUAUGGAGCUCAAGAAAUGGGAGUAUUGAUGAUCUUUUUAAAUCCUUUUAUCUGGUCUUUUCAAAAAUCUCUGACAAAUCUUUAAAGUUCCAUUGGUUUUUCAAGUUUGGGUCUGAGAAAACGAGUGUGCUAGAAAACCGCGCAAGUUUGUGCUUUGUACCUUUUCUUCUCCCUCGAGAGAGGGCUUCGAAUGACAUUCUUGCAUUGUUAUCUCACGUUAGAUUAUAAACCCAACUUUCUUAA